AUGGCUGGGAGCCAGCACAAGCUAACCACCUUCUAUUUUGACACUUCUUCCAAGGCCUUUUCGGAGAAGACUGUCACCAAGAGUCUGAGCCACAACGACGUGCUCAUCAAAACCACGCACUCAGGUAUCUGCUUCACCGACGUACAUGCCAAGGACAAAGAAUGCGGACUCGGUCAUGAGGGUGUAGGCGAAAUUGUCGACGUCGGCCCUGCGGUCAAACAUCUGAAGCCGGGUAACCGAGUUGGCUGGGGCUGGCUACACACAUCCUGCGGGCACUGUUCCACAUGCGUCACUGGCUACAGGCAGUAUUGCUCCGAGGCUCGUGGUUUCGCCUUUUCGGACCUGGAUCAGGGAGCCUUCAGCGAUUACCGGAUCAUCGACUCCGAUUUCGCGUACUUGCUGCCAAGCAGCAUAUCUUCUGUGGAUGCGGCUCCAUUGAUGUGCGCCGGCGCCUCAGUUUACGAGGCUCUUGAUGCAGCUGAGACUAAGUCGAAUGACAGGGUCGGUGUGGUGGGCAUCGGCGGUCUGGGCCAUUGUGCUAUUUUGUUUGCAAAGGCCAUGGGUUGUGCUGUGACGGCCAUCUCCAGUGGUGAUCGCAAGCGACAAGAUGCUUUUGCACUCGGUGUAGAAGAGUUCCGCGAUGCUACCAAGAUCUCGGAAGCAUAUACAGCUGAAGCCUUCCGGAGUCGACAUGACCCGCAGCCUGCCAACAUCAACGUACUUCUCAUCACUUCGAACGCUGUACCCAAGUUGGAAUCUGUGCUUCCAUUGUUGGCGCGUCGAGCCACGAUUGUGUUGAUGACCAUACAAAUGGAGCCUCUGGAAGUACCUUACAUGCAGUUCGUGCUGCCAGGACACCGUCUAAUAGCAUCCACUGAAGCCUCACGCGAGACUCAUGUUAAGAUGCUGGAGUUUGCAGAACGCAUGCGCAUCAAGCCGUGGACGGAGGUCUUCGAUAUGACUGCAGACGGAGUGUCGCAAGCCUUCGCAAAGCUAGAGCAAGGUGACAUGCGCUAUCGUGGAGUCCUUGCGAGGCCGUGA